AGAAGUCCGGCGCGAUAAAGGUAGGCUGAUACCAGGAUACGGCUUUACACUGUUUUCCCAUAGCGCGCGCGCGCGCUCUGCUAAUGUGAAUUAUGGCUGUAUUUGGGCUGUGGAAGGAGAAACGAACACUCUAAAAUGUUGCGAUAUUAUUUCAAUUUAAUGGGGUUCCUUUGGGGACUAAUUGCUUUAUUUUGUAUGUUGAAUCACAGAGUUAUGUGUCAACUGGUAAUCAACGUGAAAAACGACGGUGGUGACCUUGUUCAAGAGAGUAUAAACGCUGAUGUCAAACGCGAUGUGAUUUAUUUGCAGUUUCAAAAGCUUGAUGGCACACUUGUGAAAAUGGUCAUUGAUUUCAAAUCGGAAGUACGCAUCUUUAAAACCAUUGUCUUAGGAGAGGAGGAGAGGCUAGAGAGUCAGUAUCACAUCAUGUGCUUUGUGACCAAAUUCAGCAAGUCAGAAUUCAUCUCAUCAGAUGCCAUGUCUAAACUGAGACAGAAAAAUCCCGGAACCAUCCGCAACCCGGAAGAAGACAAAGGCAAGGAGUCUUUGACCUUUGACAUGUCCGUCAGCCUCGAACGAUCGGCCAGGAUCAGCCCUCAUAUCUACAACACAUGCAUGGAAGCCAAGGAGAGGGUGUACACUCGUACAGCAGACAUCAAGGGAUGGUCGAAAGGAAACAGAGCAUCUCUUCUCUUCCCUAAAUGGGCUCACACUGUCAAGGGAUCAAAUUUGACGUACACAGCUCUCAUGAAUGCUGUACAGCCACUACCAAUCUCCAGCAACGAGAAGCAAUGCAGUGGGGUACCAGAAGUUCAGCUGCCGUGCGCCUGCCAGCUGGAAGUGUGCAUCGGCUGGUACCCGUGCGGGCUGAAGUACUGCCGCGGGAGAGAUUCGGCAGGCAACGUCGUCAGCUACAGGUGCGGCAUAAAGACUUGUAAGCGAUGCCAUGCGUUCAACUAUCACGUGGACCAAAAGCAGCAUUGCUUGUGGGACGAUGCGUGGAAGAGCUCGUUACCAGGAGCUGAUGUGGACUAAAACUCAUUUGGACCUAGGGCUAUUGGACUAGCUCUAUGGGACCUGUUGUGUUGGGUGUACUAUUAAACUCUGUUGGACCUAUUCUGGUGGGUGGACUAAAUGUACCUGGACCUAUGCAACCUGAGCAAUGGCAUAUUGGAUCAGUCCAGCUCAGGCACACAGUAUCGGAACUCACUACUCUACUUAAACUCACAGGCCUGUAUUAUGAUGAAAAUACUGAUUGGACUAACUCUUUGGAACCUAUUCUGCAUCAUGGACUAACUCUGUUAGACCUAUUGUGUUGGAUAGUUUUGAGUGACUUUUGACCAAUGCAACCUGAGGCAUACAUGUAUUGGAACUUACAAUUUAACUUAUUUCCCAUUUCCUUAAACUCAUAGGCCUGUAUUGUGAACUAUAGUUUAAGUAGGACAUGGUGUAAUGUAUGUCAGGCUAAAAUUAUGGGAAGCCAAAAGUAUAAAAACUUGUAUAGAGAUAUAUGUGCCUCAUUUGGCUUUCAUUGAGUAAACUUGUACAGUUUAGAGUUAAAAAUACAACAACCAAAAAUACAAACUAGAGUUCAGAAUACAGGCUGCACAGAUUAAUCUUAAUGACACCUCUUUUACUUUGGCCUAAAGUUAUGAUAAAUGUUAUACUAUUAAAAGAGGUACAUGUAUUCCAAUUUGCUUUGUGGUUAUGCUACUUAAAGUAAAACAAAUGUGUUCUUCAGUCCUUGAUUGGAAGAAGUAGGAACAAUGACGUCUUUGAGUCUUCUGUAUAGCAAACAAUACACUAUGUAUUAUUGGUAGGUACACACGAGAUAUAAACAAAGAUUCAUCUAUUUUUGCACCGAUCACAUCAUAUUUAUUUAUCAUAUCAUGUACAAAGCUCUGUACAGAUCUAGAUUUACAAUGCAAAUGCAACCUUUAUAAUUAUGCAUGUUAUUUGUAAUGCCGAUGAUUAUUCAAAUUUACUGGGAGGACCAAACAUACCGUUACUAUGACAUAUAUGUAAUAAGUGCUUCCAAAUGAGUGACCAAUGUCAAGUAAUUCUGGUUUGGCUGUGUAAGCACACAAUACUCCUAUUUUUAUUUAUUAAAACGACAUAACAUACAUGUACUUCAUUGAGCCAUCAUGGAAAUACCCUGGCGCAGUCCCUGGAAAGUAUUAAGGACUUCUAUGUUUUCUCAAUGAAGUCACUGAAUCAGUGAUAUUUUUCUUCAAAUUUGAGGAGUUACAUGGAGGUCUUUUUAUGGCAAGAUCAUGUAGAGGUAAAAGUGAUUCACAAACCACACAUACAGUACACGUACAUGUAGGAGAGUACUCCUGGGCCCCGUCUUACAAAGAGUUACGAUUGAUCCAAUCAAUUGUAACUAUGGAAAUCCAUCAGUGUCAUAAUUUUUCAUACAGGAAACGUAAAAAUGUCCUUUGUACAUACAAAGGAGAACACACCAAAUUGUCAAGAAAUCAAUGAAUUUAUGGAUAUACAUUCAUAUCUAGAUUAAAAAAAAAAAAAACAUGCAUUUUAUAUGUUGACUUUGCUGGCUUUACAUAGUUGAAUUGAUCAGAUCAAUCUUACUCUUUGUAAGAUGGGCCCCUGUAUUAGCUCCUUCUUGAGUUGUGAUCCAAAUCAAAUUCAGAUCAAUUGAAAUCUCUCGCAACUCUUUGAAUGGGGUCUUAUUACGAUUAAUAACAUCGUGGGGGCAGCGUGGUCUAGUGGUAAAGACUCACGUCUUUCAAUCUGAGGGACGUUUACUUCAGCACUAAAUUGGUAGACUAGCUUGAUAGACGGGAGCCCCUUAAAGACGCACCUAAAACGUGCGCUGUCCAACUCCUAUAUUAUUUAUUAUUGAUAAUAUGUGUGCUCUUUGCAUGGUACUGAAGUUUGAUAAAGUAACAUUCUCCACUGCCCGUAACAUUCAAUCUAUGUCUACAUCUUAAUGCAUUAUACACUAGUAAUUGUAUUCUGGUGGGUAUUUCAUGAAGAUGUUCGCAAUUUAAGAGCGACUUAAUUUAAGAAUGGUUAAACAGUCUUAUUCACUGCACUGGGAAAUGGUUCAUACUGAAUUACAUUUUUGUAUUUACAUGUAUAUAAACUAUUAUUUAUGAAAUGUGCUACAAAUACAAUGUUAACUCAUUUUUAUAGCGAAUAAAUUAAUGAAACAAUAUACACAA